AUGACCACUCCCGAAGUUACCUGGGCUCAGCGCUCCUCUGACACCGAGCCCGAGCGCAACUACCUCUACGUAAGCAUCAAGACCGUCGAUGUUCCUAAGGAGAACGCCAAGCUCGAAAUUACCGAUGGAAAUGUCUCUUUCACUGGCACAUCCCGCAAGGGUGUCUCAUACGCUGUCUCCCUGGACCUCUACUCCGAGAUCGAUCCUGAGAACAGCAAAGUGAACCACACUGAUCGCGACGUUGAGUUGGUCCUGCGCAAGAAGAAGCUGACUGUGGAGUUCUGGCCUCGUUUGCUGAAGGAGGCCAAGAAGUACCACUUCUUGAAGACUGACUUUGACAAGUGGGUUGAUGAGGAUGAGCAGGAUGAGGAGAAUGCCGACGACUACGCCAACAACGUUGGUGACUUCGGUGGUCAAGACCCCAUGGGCGGCGCUGGCGGUCCUGGUGGCCUGGGCAACAUUGACUUCUCCAAGCUUGGCGGCAUGGGAGGUGGUGCCGGCGAUAUGCCUGAUCUGAGCGCUCUCAUGGGCGGUAUGGGAGGUGCUGGUCUACCCAACUUCGGAGGUGCUGAGGGUGAAGAGGCCGAUGAAGAUGAUGAGCUUCCCGAGCUUGAGGAGAACACCCCCUCUUCCAAGAUUCAAGAGCUCUCUUAA